AUCUUUCAACAUGAGAACGGACAUAAAAAAUUCUUUUAGUUUGGAAUACAUAAAUACGAAUACCAAGAUUCUACAUUUGUUAAUUAACACAAAGCAAAGGGCGAGUUUAUCUGAGAUAAUUAUCUGCAUAUCUGAGGACCCUAAGCCUGACUCUGUUUCCCAGUGUACACACAAUUGGAUAUUUCCACUUGGGUAGUGACUGGAGAAUGCUGCCCUACAGUAAUAGGCCUUGUAAUGCAAUGCAGGGGAGCAAUAGCCUUAUGUUAUGCAGUACAGAAGAAGGCUAAAAGUUUUGAUUGUGCAAGGACAGAAGAAAUGGAAAAUAGCGUAUGGUAUAUAGUUCUUGUGGUUGACAGAUCGUACUUAAGGUCAGAAGGCACUAACUUUUGAUACUAGGCUAAUAUGAUUUGUGUUUGCUGUUAAAUAAGAAUUUAUAUCUGCAACAUGUAUAGUUUUAUAUAUGGACUUGAUACGGUGAGGAAGAAGAUCUCUGGAUUCUACAAAGGCAUAGUUUUAUAUAUACACUUGCAGGCCUGCAGGCCUUUAAGAAUCUGUAGUAUUUAUCUAUUUAAGAGGGGCAUAUUUAUCAAUGCAUACUGAGCUGGGCAUGGGGAUAGAAGCUUUCAGAAGGAGCUAGAUUCUCAAAUACAUUCUUGAGGACUUCUGGAUAGUUAUAUCAGUUUGCCAUAUCCACUAAGAAGUUGAGAGAGCAGUUUUUGAAUUGAAUUUCUUGGUGUUUGUCAUUGAAAUUUUGAAUUCAUUAGUAGUAGUAGUUUUGUUCAAUAUGGCAUCAUCCUCUAGACCUACUAAUUCUGUUCGAUCACAGCACAUUUCUAGAAUAAUGGUCCAAACAACAAUAGAUGCAAAGCUUCAUGCAGAUUUUGAAGAAGGCAGUGAGGAAUUUGAUUACUCUCAAUCUACUGCUGUGAGGAGGUCUUCAAGCAUUGGUCCAUCAAACACAGUCACUGCUUACCUGAAGCACAUACAGAAAGCAAAGCUGCUUCAGCCAUUUGGAUGCAUGCUUGCAAUUGAUGAAAAGACUUUUGCAGUGAUUGCUUACAGUGAAAACGCCCCUGAAAUGCUUACAGCAUCACCUCAUGUUGUUCCUAGUGUUGAGAAGCAGGCAAGUGUAGGAAUGGGUAUUGAUGCCAGGACAAUAUUCACACCUUCUAGUGCUGCUGCAUUGCAGAAGUCUGCAGCACUUGGUGACGUGAACCUUCUGAAUCCUGUGCUGGUCCACUGCAAAAAUUCAGGUAAGCCCUUUUAUGCCAUACUUCAUAGAGUUGAUAUGGGUUUGGUAAUAGAUUUUGAGCCUGUUAAGGCUUCACAUGUUCCCAUGAAUGCUGCUGGAGCACUGCAAUCUUAUAAACUUGCUGCAAACGCGAUAUCACGGUUGCAAAAUAUGGCCAGUGGAGAUAUUGGUAAACUGUGCGACAUGGUUGUGCAGGAGAUACAUGAACUUACUGGGUAUGACCGAGUCAUGGCUUAUAAAUUCCAUGAUGAUGAUCAUGGGGAAGUAAUAUCUGAGCUUAGGAGAUCAGAUUUAGAACCUUAUUUGGGUCUGCACUAUCCCGCAACAGAUCUUCCCCAGGCUUCAAGAUUUUUGUUUAUGAAGAACAAAGUUAGAAUGAUUUGUGAUUGUCAGGCAACCCCUGUAAAAGUGGUUGAGGACAAGAGAUUGCCUCGGGAAUUAGUAUUGUGUGGAUCUACUUUGAGAGCUCCUCAUGGUUGCCAUGCAGAAUACAUGUCCAACAUGGGUUCCGUAGCAUCUCUAGUAAUUGCUGUGACAAUCAAUGCAAAGGAAGAAGACGGAGAUACUGAUGGACAGCAACAGCAGCAGAAAGGAAGGAGGCUUUGGGGCCUUGUAGUUUGUCAUCACACCAGCCCCCGUUUUGUUCCAUUUCCUAUGAGAUAUGCUUGUGAAUUCCUGAUGCAAGUGUUUGCGAUUCAGCUGAAUAAAGAAGUUGAAUUGGCAGAUCAGCUGAGAGAGAAGCACAUUUUGCGCACCCAAACAUUGCUCUGUGAUAUGCUGCUUCGUGAUGCACCUAUGGGGAUUAUCAGAGAGAAGCCCAACAUCAUGGAUCUUGUCAGGUGUGAUGGUGCUGCCUUCUACUAUUGUAAAAAUAUUUGGCUUCUUGGGACAACCCCUACUGAGGAUCAGUUACUUGAUAUUGUUGAAUGGAUUUCUCAACACCACAUUGAUUCCACAGGUUUGUGCACAGAUAGCCUUACUGAGGCAGGGUAUCCUGGAGCUGCAUUGUUGGCUGAUGCAGUUUGUGGAAUGGCUGCGGUGAGAAUUAAUUCAGAAGACUUGUUAUUUUGGUUCAGAUCCCAUACUGCAAGAGAAAUAAAAUGGGGAGGUGCCGUACACAGUGCCAGUGAUAGAGAUGAUGGAAAGAAAAUGCAUCCACGAAACUCGUUCAAGGCAUUCAUUGAUGUGGUCAAAAAAAGGAGCUUACCUUGGGAAGAUGUUGAGAUGGAUGCCAUUCAUUCCUUGCAGCUGAUACUGAGAGGUUCUUUCAAAAACAAUAAUGAAAAUAUUACAAUGGCCACAAUACAAGGACGGUUCAAUAAUUUGAAAAUGCAGGGAAUAGAUGAACUAUAUGCAGUCACGAAUGAGAUGGUGAGAUUGAUUGAAACAGCAACAGUGCCAAUCUUGGCCGUCGAUGCCGCUGGGCUUGUAAAUGGAUGGAAUACAAAGGCUGCUACAGUCACAGGGUUGUCAAUGGAGGAUGCUCUGGGGCAGCCUUUAAUCAGUCUUGUUGAGGACAACUCGGUUGGGACUCUGGAAAGGAUGCUUUAUUUGGCUUUGCAAGGACAAGAAGAGGAAAAUGUUGAAAUUGAGCUGAAAAGACAUGGCUCACUGGAGGAAAAUGGUUCAGUAAGAUUAAUUGUAAAUGCUUGCUCAAGCAAGGACCUAAAUAACAGAGUUUUGGGAGUGUGUUUUGUUGCUCAGGAUGUGACUGGAGAGAAGAUUGUGAUGGACAAGUUUACUCGCAUUCAAGGGGAUUACAGGGCAAUAGUUCAGAAUCCAAGUCCCUUGAUACCUCCCAUGGUUGGAGCAGAUGAAUUUGGGUGGUGUUCUGAGUGGAAUCUGGCUAUGGAAAAGUUAUCUGGCUGGAGAAGGGAAGAGAUAAUUGAUAAAAAGCUACUGGGAGAGGUUUUUGGUAGUCACACAACAUGCUGUCAUCUUAAAGGUCAGAAUGCAAUAACAGAGUUCAGGAUUGUGUUGAAAAGUGCAAUAACAGGACAAGAGACAGAGAAAUUUCCUUUUGGAUUUUUCAACCGUCAUGGUAAAUAUGUAGAAGCCUUACUUUCUACUCACAAGAAAACUGAUGCAGAGGGAAGAAUCACAGGAGUUUUCUGUUUUUUGCAUAUUGCCAGCCCAGAGCUUCAACAGGCAUUGCAUAUGCAGCGUGUGUUAGAAAAAGAAGCCACCAAAAGACUCAAGGCAUUGGCAUAUCUUCGAAUAGAAAUCAAACGUCCACUUUCUGGAAUCACAUUUACAAGGAAACUGCUGGGAGGUACCGAUUUGAAUGAAAAACAGAAACAAGUUGUUGAAAGAAGCCUACAUUGUGAAAGACAGCUUUUAAAGAUCCUGGAUGAUAUGGACUUAGAAAGCAUCGAAGAUGGUUAUAUGGAACUAGACACUGUAGAAUUCAUAUUGGGAGCAUUGCUUGAUGCUGUUGUAAGUCAGGUGAUGAUAGAGUCCGAAGAAAAGGGACUGGAGAUUAUUCAUUAUUUACCGAAAGAAAUAUAUACCAUCUGCCUCUGCGGAGAUCAGAUGAGGCUUCAGCAAAUUUUGGCCAAUUUCCUAGGACUUGUGAUACAGUUCACACCACAAAAUGGAUGGGUUGCAACUAAAGUCAGUUCAAGCAAAAAACGUUUGGGUGUUGGUGUACAUGUCGUGCAUCUAGAAUUCAGGUUUACUCAUCCAGGCGAGGGACUGCCAGAAAAAAUGGUGGAACAGAUCCUCAACCCUACUCAGGAUAUCACUCAGGAAGGUUUUGGAUUGCUAAUUUGUGGAAAGCUUUUGAAACUUAUGAAUGGCACUGUGCAGUAUCUUCGAGAAGAGGGAACACCAUCGUUAAUCAUUAUUGUUGAGCUUGCUUCAGGUCAAAAUGAUGAAUCAUAGAACAUCCUGUUCUACAACAUAAAUGUUUAUGCCAUUUUCGUGUUGAUCUUGACAUGAGAAUUUGGCCGAUCACUCGAUUUUACAGUUGAAAGAUCAAAGAGAACAGUUUAAGGACAUUGGGUGAAUGGGCUUAUUGGCCAAAGGUGCAGCGUGACUGAUUUAUCCAUUUUAAGUGUUCAGUAUUUGGGUUCCAAGUUUCUAAUUCAUUUGUUAAAAUGAAUACAUUUGGCUUACAAGUUUCUUAUUCAUUUGAUAUAUAAGUUUCUUGCUCUUUGAUUACA